GCAGGGCGUGGGUCCGGCGCUGCCAGCGAGCAGGUGACACCGCGGCUGCCCGGCGCCGUGUGCGCGGCAUGUGCGCGCCCGUGUAGCGGGGCGGCCCCAUGGGCGGCGGCGCCGGCUCCUGCCUCUGCCCCCCGUCUCUGGAAGCCCGGGCAGGAAACGCUCCUCAUGUCUCCCAGAUAAAAAUAAAAGCGAUUCCUUCCUCCCGGCCGCAGAGUGUCCCCGCGCCCGGCCCGACGCGGGGCUGAGCUGGCCCCGCCACCCGGCAGCGCCUCUCCCCGCCGCCCGGAGCGCCGGCCUGAUCCGCCGCUCAUGGACAUCGCGGCGGGUCCCGAGUCCUUGGAGAGGUGCUUCCCGCGGGGCCCACCGGACUGCGCCAAGAUGCUGGACGGCAUUAAAAUGGAAGACCACCCCCUGCGCUCGGGGCCGGCCACGCUGGGAGUGCUGCUGGGGUCGGAGUGCCAGCACCAGGCCGUCUGCGAGGGCUGCCAGCGGCCCAUCUCGGACCGGUUCCUGAUGCGGGUGAACGAGUCCUCCUGGCAUGAGGAGUGCCUACAGUGCGCCGCGUGCCAGCAGGCGCUCACCACCAGCUGCUACUUCCGGGACCGCAAACUCUACUGCAAGCAGGACUACCAACAGCUGUUUGCUGCCAAGUGCAGCGGCUGCAUGGAGAAGAUCGCUCCCACCGAGUUUGUGAUGCGUGCCCUGGAGUGCGUGUACCACCUGAGCUGCUUCUGCUGCUGCGUCUGCGAGCGCCAGCUCAGGAAGGGAGAYGAGUUUGUCCUCAAGGAGGGACAGCUGCUCUGCAAAAGCGACUAUGAGAAGGAGAAAGACUUGUUGAGCUCCGUCAGCCCAGAUGACUCCGACUCRGUCAAAAGUGAUGAUGAAGAUGGAGAUGUGAAGCCCACCAAAGGCCAAGUAACCCAAGGGAAAGGAAGCGACGAUGGCAAGGACCCGAGAAGACCUAAACGACCAAGGACAAUACUCACCACGCAGCAGAGACGAGCAUUCAAAGCAUCCUUUGAAGUAUCCUCCAAGCCCUGUAGAAAGGUCAGAGAAACCCUGGCAGCUGAAACAGGGCUCAGUGUGCGAGUGGUCCAGGUCUGGUUUCAAAACCAAAGAGCAAAGAUGAAAAAGCUAGCACGAAGGCACCAGCAGCAGCAGGAGCAGCAGAACUCACAGCGACUGGGACAAGAAGUCAUGUCCAACCGAAUGGAAGGGAUGAUGACAUCCUACACACCACUUGCAGCACCGCAGCAGCAGAUUGUAGCAAUGGAGCAAAGCAGUUAUGGCACAGACCCCUUUCAGCAGGGUCUCACCCCUCCACAAAUGCCAGGCGACCACAUGAACCCCUAUGCUCGCGCCAGACCACGAGACAAGCACGGAAGGAACAGAAGAACCUGCUCGUCCUCAGCCUUUGAUCUGGUUUGGUUUGAGCUCCUCAUCCUAAAGGAAAUGGAUUUUAUGGAAAGCUAGAUCUUUUCCUUCUUUCUCUUCUCCUUUCUUUUGGAUGUCUAAACUUUUUUUUUUAAAGCCACUGAUAYUGACAUCAGUCGACCAUAUGACAAAUAAAUCAAAGAAACUGGAGAUUCCUCCCUUUUCUUACUGCAUGAUUCAUACUAUGUUGUGGAUAAAUUGCCAUUUGAACUGUGAGAAGUUAAUGUAAAUGUGACGUUCGAACAUUUGUUUCCUUUCUACACUUUUUCUACAUAACCUAGAUCUGCUCAUUAGUUUAUAGCCCUUAUGCAUAUGAUACUGAGGGAACUGAUUAAUAGUAUUUGUGGAGAAAGCCAGUGAUUUCAGAAUAAGAAAGGUCUAUGGCCCUGGAGAGGAGAUGCAUGUUAGGGGCAGAGGCAUUUAGGUUAGUAUUGAUCUUAAAUAAUUAAAACUGAAGGUGCUUUCAAGACAGAUUUAUUUAAUUUUUUUGAAGUGUGAGAUUGAAACAUUUACAUUUGUUUGUAAGUAUUGAAGUGCCAAAUUUCRAGUCUAGACCACGAUUGGCAAAGAAGUGUUGUUCAUUCUGUUCUGUUUAUUUGUUUUGCAUGAGGCAUAAAUGUGCUGUUCUCUACUGUCCACCUGCAAUAAUUGAGCACUCCUUUAGUUAUCUUGCCUCAGCAAGAAUCGAGGACACACAGUACUAGCCUGAAGCACCACAAGUCCUGAAACGUGCACCAGCUGGGGACAGCAAACUGUGACAGGAAUUUCAAUGGGAAGUUCAGGUAUGUUGAGCUGAAAUUCCACCAUGUCCUGCAAAUCUCCCACUGCCAGGACUCUGUGACUGCAGCACCACCAGUGUCAGUGCCAGCGCUGUCACAACAGCUGUGCGGAGUGAAGGGGCUGUCUCGGCUCAAAUCCCAUUGUCUCUGAUGUUGAAGUUUCAGCAUAUGUCAAAUAGGUUUUUGUAGGGCAUAAAAUAUCAUAAAUAAUAAUAGUAUAGCUAUAAAUAUUGCCUGGUGGUAAUUAUGAUGUGGAGAAGCAGACAAGUACAGUCAUGGCUCUCAGUGGAGAAAACUUCAUGGGGAAAAUUUGCCAGGGUAAUAUCAGUAAUUAUAGGGUGUGUUCAAAAUAGAGCUCAUGGGGAAAGAUUGGCAGGAUAGGCACUUUCUCAAAUAAAUACCUUUAAUAUAUUGACCGUAAUAACUGAAAAACAAGUGCAAAGCUUUGGU